CAUGUGGACUAUGUACUUUACGUAGGUGGUUACGUGCGGUUACAUAUGUGAACGAGGAAAAAAGAAAAAUUGAAAACUCUUUACACGAUUCGGAUGAUUUACAUGAUAUACAUCAAUCGGAUGAUGUAGAUGUUACAUAACAUAAAACUCUGUGGUUAUGGGGUUGCUGUAGUUUUGGCCAAAAAAAAAGUCGCGCAUUAUGAAAUAGUUGUCACGUAUCAUAUGACAAGGAAAUGAACUGAGUUUUGUGCUUGUUAUGUAAAGGAGUUAGAAAUAAUCGUGUAUGGUUGAGUACCAUGCAUCAGUGAUUCGAUAGAUAGUAGCUGGAACUAAUUGUUCAUGGUAUGAAAGAUGUAAUUUGUAGUUUAUUGUAUGUUGAUGUAAUUGCAAUCCAAUCAUCUGGAAACAGUGAAACUCACUCAUUCACUAACCAACUAACUGCAUGGAGACUGAGGAAGUAAGGUGAAUGGUUGAGUGAAACAUUAUUUGGCACUGUUUUCAAAUUAUAUUUCAACAAUGGGUGCGGUUGCUAUGGAGGAAUAUGAACUCAUGAAGGAUUCAAAAUAUAGAGUGUAUGUUUCAGCAGUAGACAAAGCCCUGAAGAAUUUUGAAUAUACCAGUGAAUGGGCAGAUCUAAUAUCAGCACUAGGAAAACUUAACAAAGUGGUGUUAAGCCAUAUGAAAUUUCCUGUUAUUCCUCGUCGCAUCAAAAUAAGCAAGCGUUUGGCUCAGUGCAUGCAUCCUGCUUUGCCGUCUGGUGUCCAUCUGAAGGCUUUAGAAACAUAUGACAUAAUUUUCAAAUGUAUGGGCACAAAUAGACUGAGCCAUGAGUUGUUCAUUUAUAGUGCUGGUCUCUUUCCUUUGUUGGGUCAUGCUGCGAUGAAUGUACGACCAUCUCUUCUUACUGUGUAUGAGACACAUUUUGUUCCACUUGGCGAAAGACUCCGACCUGGACUUAGUGGGUUUCUUAGUGGUGUUUUACCUGGUCUUGAAGAAGGCUCUGAUCAUUUUGACAGGACCAACUCUCUGCUUGAAAAAGUGUGUGAUGAGGUGGGAAGAAAUCAUUUUUAUGGUUGCCUCUGGGAAUGCCUUGCAUCAAAUAGUGGAAUACGCCUACCUGCUAUUUCAUUUGUGCUGUCUCACUUCAACAAGAAACAAGCUAUGGAAGACCAGCUGUAUGUAAUUGGUACCAACAUUGAUGUCAUGGUAAAUGCAUUAUGUGCUGCAGUACAGGAUUCAAAUGUUUUGGUCCAAAGGAAUGCUCUUGAUCUGCUCUUGGUUGGUUUCCCCAUGCACAACAGCCAACUAGUCCGAGCGGAUAUGGUGCGCCUUGUUACAGCUGCUCUUGUGGCUGUUCUCCGGCGAGAUAUGUCAUUAAACAGGAGGCUGUUUGCGUGGCUGUUGGGGUCAGAAGUUAAUGUUUCAUUACUGAAUUCAGAACAUCCUCUAGUAAAGAAAAGCAAGAGCUGUGGAAGUCCUAGUAAUACCCUGUACUUUGAUAUGUAUUCGAGAGAAAUGUUAAUUCAGGCAAUAAAAAUUACUUUGAGUCAAGGUGUUGGAGGAACUUCCCAUGACGUAGGUCCCUAUAGACUGUUGGUGUCAUUGCUAGAUAAGCCUGAUAUUGGCCCAGUCAUAUUGGAUGAUAUAUUAUAUGAAGUAUUCAGAACAUUGUAUCUUGCAUGUGAAUGUAAUGCUGACAGUACUGGGAAAACUGGUGGAUCUAUAUACAGAGGUAGUCAAGAGUUGCUCAAGUCUGCCAACUUGCUCUUCAGUACCCUGGAACCAUGUUACAUUUGGAUCUAUGCAGGUACUCUCUUUGAUGAAGCCUGUGAACGGCAGACAACAAAUGAGGAAGCAAGUUUAGAGAAUGAACGGUCACCCAAAGGAGAAGUUAAACCUGUUGGAAGUGGACCACCAGAUCUUUUAGAGGUGUGUACACUGACUGAAUUCCUCCUAGAUACGGUAUCAUUAGAAACCUACAUGGACACACCCAGUGAAUAUCUCCCAGGAUUAUUCCUUCAUAUAAUUACUCAAUUAACGCAAUAUUGUGAUGCAUUGCUGCCACAAGAGGUCACCCGAAGUCUUCAGCUUUGUGCCAAAAUUCUUUCUAGAAUUCAACCAUCAGCAUUAGCCAACAAUCCAGAUAGUGCAAAAGUUUCUACCCUUGAUCUUUCAGAAGAGAAGAUUCAAAUUAUCAUACAGUCUGAUGUUGUCAAAAGCUGUAGUGACCUGUCAAGUGGACAGUUAGUUCGUAGUAGAGCUAACAGUGAUUUGUCUGAAAGCAGCAGAACAAGUAAAGACAGAUCAGAAGCAAAGAAGGCGUCAUCCAAAAUGAAGAAGUCUUAUAGUGCCAGAUUUCGUAGUAAGCGUCCUAAGAACUCGCUCAGUAAUUACUCUGUCAGUAGUCCAGUUUUAUUAUAUGUAGCAAAGACUGAUGGUAUGGAGAGGAGUCUUGCUGGAGAUAAACAUAUGGAUGAUCUGUCAAAGAGUGCUGAGACUCUAAGUUCAGAAUCCAUAUCUCAUAUUGGGAGAGAGAGUCCAGAUAUAAGUAGAUGUGCGGGACCCUCUAUAGAAUGUGGAUUGAACCAGAUGGACAGCAGUUUAAGUAGAUAUGGGUCAUCACCCCAUAACCCUUCAGUUGUUCCAGAAUUUCAGAUCCCAAGCAAGCAGCAAUCUGUGCUUGAGGAGUGCCUAAGACAGUAUGAGAAAUUUUAUGUCAAGUUUGUUGGUGGACAGCAUGUUAUAAAUGGCAGAAAAGUAUGUGAACUGUUUCAGGAAUUGUUAGUUGUUCUUCCAUGUGAAACUGACAAGAUCCGCGCAGAAAAACUUGAAUGUUUAUUAUACAGAUGUUUGAAAACUAGUAAAGAAGAGGCUGGUUCCUUUUCAGAUGACUCUUCAGUGUCAUCAUGCAGGUGCACAAGCUUGAAGAGUAAGAGUUAUGAAUCAUGGGUGCAUUUGAAAUCUGUGUCUGUAUGUCAUCAGAGUGAGCAGUGGGAGGAGCCAGUGAAAGUUGCUUCAAGCCUUCUUGUUGAACUGUCUACUUUUCCAACAUAUUGCCUCCCUGGAGGGUCAUCACUGAUUACAGAUGAACACAUGGAGCUGAAUUCUUUUCCUGAGUGGCUACGAGUUCUAGUUGUGUGUGCAUGUUGGCUCAGCAGUGUACCAGCACUCCAGUUAGUUGCUAUAUCAACACUUUUAGAUCUCAUCUCCCUCUUGAGAUCACAGUGUGAGAGCACAGGAGUUGCUGAGAAUGAACACCAAGGUGUUGUAGCUGUUGUUAUGGUACCUCUCCUAAAACCAUGGCAUGUUCAGUAUUUAGAGCAUCAUACAAAUGUAGUUCCAGUACUAGCUCACUCCCUUUGGCACCAUCUAGGCCAGUUGAGCUCAGAGCACAAAGUCUUCUGUGUUGAACUGUUGCACCAGUUGCAUAAUGUGUUACCUGGUAGUGAUGCUGUUGAGAAUGUUAUAGGUGAAUCUUUGACACAGGAAAACGUUGAACUCAGGGUGGAUGCUUUCCAGAGGUUUGCUCUGAUGUGGCAUGUUGGGCGGGAAGUUGAAACCAAAGCAGGAAUAAACAGGAAUUUGCGAACUUUUGACAAGUCACUCUUGAAGAUGUUAGAUAAUCUUCUCUUAGUUGAAAGUUGCCCUCUAAAAUUGCUAGCACAGUCAUGGUUACUGCAUUCCUUCCUUUGUGGAGAUAUCUCACGACUGCUGGAUCCCCUUCUUUUGAUGUUGUUAGAUCCUGUCACAGCUCGAAUGAGUGUUCUUCAUGUGAGCAUUGAACAUUCAAACACUGUUCUUACAUGUGCUAUGAAAGAUGUCGAAAAUGGAGACAAUUUGGAUGAGAAUUCAGCUACUGCAAAGAUCUAUGCAGUCAGUUCUGUUGAUGGGAAUGUAAUCUAUCAUGUUUCUGACUCCACAGAUCAGAGGAGUAUAAAAAAUCAAAAAAUUGACAGGAGAAAUAUGACAGAUAAUCCUGUUAGGGCGAAACGAAUAUUUGCUGUGACGACACUUGUUGGUGGAGGAAAAAGAAAGAACCAUUAUAUAACUGAGAAAAACUCAUAUAUUAAGGAACAUGAAAAUGCAUUUCCAUUAAACAAGCCCCAGUUACAAAACAUAUCAGUCUUUGUAAAUCCUUUUUCAUCUGCCGUGACCAACAGCAAUACUUCUAAUGAUUCUGUAGCUGAAGAUGAUUUGGCAGCCAUGAGUAAUGGGAAAGUUGCAACCGCACAUGAACAUGUUUGUAAUGCUACUAGGUUUCAUCAGAGUAAAGUGGGACAUGAAAUGGGGAGGGAAGAAAAACCAGCUGACAUUUUAGAAUCAGUCGGCAAGAAGAGAUCUGAUCCAGACCUUUCAGAAUGUUGUUCAAAAUCUGAAGCAGAGAAUCAGAGACUUACAAAAGGCAUAGAAAGUGGAUCUGAACAAUAUCAAGAAGGAGAAUCAUUCAGCAGCACUAAUGUUAAUGGUGGAUUUGAAAUGGUUAGUGGAGUUGAGCGGAGGUGGCCUGUAGGGGAUGAGGAGGCACUUGGAGAACUGGAAGAGUCAGCAUCUGCUGAGGAGUUCUUUGAAAAUGAUGCUGUAAGCAGGGUUGAUCCCUCUAGCAUCAGUAUAGUUGAGGAGAUAUUGCAAGAUAUCCUCCAUAUGGUGGUCAGCCAGAGUGCUGAGGGCAGGGAGGUUAAAGGUGGGAAUAAACAAUAUUUUGACGUGAAAUCACCCUGCAAACAGCCAGUGGGAAUUGGAAUUCAUCCGUUUCAUUCACACAUGCUCCUCUACUGUGGUGUUUAUGACUCACAUAGAACAUUGUAUGCUCUCAGUUCACUUCGUAGCAUCUUGCUAACAAAUGCUCGUAUGUUCCUGUAUGCUGCUGCAACCACAGGCCUUGCUAAUGUUGCCAGAAGCUCUGAUCUUCUCAUACUGCUUACUAGACAUCGCAAGUCAGUGUUUGGCAGGAGUUUCCAUGGAGAUAUUGCUGCCUCAAGUGGCGAGUUUGGAACAGCAUACCGAAGUAGCAUGUACCUGGAGGCUUUAAUCUCUGUUUGUCUCUAUUUUGCAAGGAGUUAUUAUCCUAAUUUGGGUCAGAUGCGACUCACCCAAGAGGAAAUAGCAGGAAAUAGACAGGUACAGCUUGCAAGUGCUGAGCUUCUCAUGCUCAUCUGUUCCGAGUUAAUUUACCUUGUUCGUGAUAGUGGCAAGGGGUUUGCUUGUUACAUAGCGGACCUACUGUCACGAUGCAAGGUUCAAAAAGUGGUUCUUCACUGUGUCCUCUCCAGUGUUUAUAGCAUGAAAACCAUUGCAAGUAGCCAAGAUGUUCAUGCUGCAAAGUCAUCUUUGUCUGAAGAGCAGCCGCAACAGAGGACCUUCACAGAGGAAAUAGUAUUGUUCAAUGAUCCGGUAGUAGAAGGAAAUGAAAAUACUGGCAGGUGUAAAUACCGAGGAUCAGAUCAUUCUGAAGGUUUUCAAAUUCAGUUGCUUAGACUUCUCUUGGCUCUGAUAAUGCUUGAACAUCAAGUAAACUGUCAGAAAGGUGAUGGUGAAACAGCUGCAGUAAGCAAAGAAGUAAUGCAGGUAUCAUCACUGAGCAGAGUGCCAGCAAAUCAACUGAAAUACAUUGGCGGUCAUGUGAUUGCACAGCAGCCUAUGUUCCUUGCAGCUAUCCUAAGUGCACUUCAGCAGGACCACAUGAGACACUUGCAUCAGCACUGGACAACUAUGGUUAUAUCUGCCCUUCCAUUCAUGGUUCAGUCCCUCACACACGUAGUGAUGAGUGUGGUGAAUCAGUUGUGCUGCAAUUUGGAGAAACUGUCUGUAUUUUAUGGAACGUCUAGCCGUUGUGGGGAGUCGUACAAAAGUACACCACCUGCAUCGUGCUGUUUGCCAGCGGACUACACGGUGACACAAUUGGAGGCUCUGACUGUACUGUGCCAUUAUUGCCUGUUGGAUAAUACCCAGCAGUUGUCCCAUGCUUUCAGUCAGCAGCUGUUGGCUGGAUCUGGAACCAUACACAUGGGCAUACCUGGAGCAAAUCCUGGCCAGAUAUUUAAUAACCUGGUACAUGUGUUCAUGCCAACACCACUACAACAGGAUCCAGUCUCUAAAGAGAAACUUGGUCAACUUGAUCCCCAUGUUACUGCAAGAAGAACGGUUCUUAGCAAUAUGCCCCGUAUCAUUGCCAGUGUGUCUGCUUUGUGGCAGGCUGUCUUGACUGGAAAUGAAUGGGAACAUCAGAGUUGUGUGCUGGGAAGUCCUCGCGUAGUGAAACAUCAUCUGCUCGAAUUUCUCAGUCCUAUUUCUCUGCAUCAUGGUACCAACUUUUUGGCAGCAAUUGCUGUUGCUUGGCAAGAACGGACAGAGCAACUCAUCCCAGUUGCAAGAAAGGUGGUUCCUACAGCCAGUCCUGAUCAGCAAGUGCUAGUCUACCUAGUAGGGGCAAUUCGUGUAAUGCCUAUUGAUACGCUUGUACAGACUGUCAAUCAGGUAGUGAAGCAACCACCCCCAAUACAAGGAGCCAACAAGAGCUUAUCUCUAGAAGUGAGUGUUCUGGAGUUCUUCUAUUGCUACAUGCAGACCUGUUCAGGCUCUCAGCUUGCUGAGAGUUGGAGCUCACUUGUUGGAUUGCUGAGGGAUGGUCUGACCCUUACUCCCCCAGCCCAAUUUCUUAUGCUUGCUAUUCUCAAUGAAUUUGUCCAAAAAUGUCCACCUCUUGCUGAGAAGAAGGAUAUGAAGGACCUACAAGAUAUCACAGCAAAGCUUGUGGAAUCCUGUGCCCAAAUUGCAGGAGCCUGCCUAGAGCAGACAACAUGGUUGAGGCGUAAUUUGGCUGUGAGAGAGGAAGAACCUGCCAUAACUGUGGGAACUAAAGAGAAGGAAGGUUCAGGAAUGCCAUGCUUGUCAGCAGCACAAUAUAGUGUGCAAGCUCAAGCAGCUUUGGCAGAGUUGUUAGCACCCCUGCUUGAUGUCAGCUAUGGCAGCCAGGAAAAGGAAAGAGUUGUAGCACUUCUCAUAGCUCUCAUGUACAACAUUACACCGUAUCUUAAAAAUCACAGUCGCCGCAACGUACCUAGUUUCCAUGCGUGUUCACAGCUACUGGCGAGCCUAAGUGGUUAUCAGUAUACUCGAAAAGCUUGGCGUAGAGAUGUUUUUGAUCUGCUUCUUGAUCCAGCUUUCUUCCAGAUGGAAGCCAGUUCUCUUCCUUAUUGGAAAACAAUUGUGGACAACUUGAUGACACAUGACAAUACAACAUUCAGGGACCUAAUGAGUCGAGUGUCUGUGGCUCAGAGUGGCUCUCUGAGCAUCUUCUCUAGUCGAGAGCAGGAAUAUGAACAGAGAGCUCAGCUAUUGAAGAGACUUGCUUUUGUUAUUCUUUGCAGUGAAACUGACCAGUACCACAAGUAUAUGCCUGAAAUACAAGAGCGACUUGCGGACAGUCUUAGGUUGCCUCAGGUUGUGCCGUCUGUCCAAGCACAGGUGUUCCUUUGUUUUCGAGUGCUGCUUUUGCGUAUGUCUCCCCAACAUGUCACUUCCCUGUGGCCUAUCAUUGUCAGUGAGAUGGUGCAAGUAUUCCUCCAUAUUGAACAAGAACUGAGUACUGACACAGAGGAAUUCAGAAGGAACAACAGUUCUCAUAUUCGUCUGCUGUCAGCACUGGACUCGUCCUGGGUUGUGAAUAGUAACAAUGGGCUUGAUGCUCAUGGACAUCCACAUUGGCUGCAACUUCAGUUAGCAGCUGCGAAACUUUUGGACCUGGCUGUCCGUCUACCUGCACGUCAGCUGCCACAGUUUCAGAUGUAUCGUUGGGCAUUUGUUGGUGCUUCUCUACCUGCUGGUCCCAGUAACACUCAUUCAGAUGAUGAACUACCUCGUCCUGAUUUUGUGCCCCAUGUGAUGAGGAUAACUCGCCUCAUGGACCAAAAGUUCCAGACAUCACUGCCAACACUGUCACAAUCUCCAGGCAGGUUGCUGUUGGUGACGUCCAGUAUCAAGACUCUGCAGGAACUGCACCCAUUCUUCACAGCUCUGAGUGUUUACACCCCCUCAAUAACAAUGUCAGACUGUGGUCAGAGCAAGGCGGCGAGUUUGAGUGAACUGGAGGCUGUUAUAGAAAGAGAUUUCCUUGAGAAACUACCAAUCAGAUAAUGGAAAAGAACUGCAUAUGUCAAAGAGCGAAGUUUAUUUCCAGGUAAUGUAGUUAAAUGGCUGCAGCCAUGGUAUAUAGUGUAAUUAUCUCCAGCUAAUGAGUUUUGGGCACAGUAAGACUGAUGUCUAAUUCUACAAGUGUAUGAAGUCAAUAAUGCAGUAACUGUUUUGAAAAUAAGGUAAUAAUUGAAGUGUAAAGCCGCUAUAUGUUGAAAUCAAAAAGACUUAUCAUUAGGAAUGUUCUGGUGCCAUAGGAUUGUUAAUCAUUGGUAUUUAACAUAUUAAGUCACAAGCUUUGGUGUGAGGAACACAAAUUAAGUCACGUGGAAGAAGAUGAAUAGAAAUCUGAAAGUUACUGACCCGUGCAGUAUAGACCCAAGUAAUGCUCUGUACAGUAUAGAAAGGUGUGAAUGAUUUUCCAUCUGUUGGAAAUAAUGUGUGAAGGUUUGGGAAUAUUCAGCUUGUAAUCAAAAUACUACCAACUUUAACAUUUUUUAAUAAAUGGAAAAUAAGAUAAUUUUUAAAGUUUGAGUUUUAGUUGUCAUGUAUAUGUUACAAGAUAUACUAAAAUGGAAGGACAUCCUGAAUCACAAAGUGUUUGUUUCACCUGUACUUUAUCUGUUACAUUAGCUCGAGUGGUUAGUUGCUGGCUUCCCACCACGGUGGCCCGGGUUCGAUCCCGGGUCUGGUCAAGUGGGAUUUGU